AUGACGGAAGAGGACCAGCACGAUGACGACAGUCUCCAUGACAAGAAAAGGCGAAGGAUUGCUCUGGCCUGUAAUGCAUGUCGGACGAGAAAGAGCAAGUGUGACGGCGCGAGGCCGAAGUGCACGUCAUGCACGAGACUGGGCUUUGACUGCGUCUACGCCCAUUCAGCGACGUCUGCCAAUGUGAUCGUAGGCAAGGAAUAUCUCGUCGGCUUAGAGGACCGGCUAGUAGCCGUGGAGGAGCUGGUCAAGAGCCUCGCGCAAGGGGCCAAUGGCCAACACCAAACAAGCCCAUAUCAUGGCUUUGGACCUGCAGCGAAUCCGCCAGUAUCUCAGCAGCACGUGAGUCCUGGCCGCGGCGCUGAUGCCGAUCGUGCCAUCGUUCUGGCCGCGGAAGGCGAGACUGGCUACUUUGGGCCGUCCUCGAAUAUUGCGCUUGUGAGACAGGUCACAAAAGCGGUCGCAGAACGUUCUUGGGAUGGCGAUACUGCAACACAACUAAAUUCGCUUGCCUUUGGGCCACUUGACGACGGCAGGCCUAUGCCAGAUACUCGACCACUUGACACACGAUCAAAUGAUCAAGUCCCGAUCGAUGCCUUCGAACUUCCGCCUUUUGAAACUCUUCAGGCCCGAGUCUAUCAUUACUUCCAGUGGACUGGAAUCCUCUACCCAUUCAUUCAUCCGGAGAGCUUCAUGGCUACGCUCGCCACUGUCAGAAACUCGGUAUCAGAUGUUCGCCGCACUUGGCUCGGCAUUCUUAAUCUCAUGCAGGCUCUAGCACACAACAUUCCCGUCAGCAACGAUGUUGAGGGCGGUGAGUUGUAUUAUCGUCGAGCACAAAUGCUCUGUGAUCAGCAAACCCUGGAGAGCAUAAAUCUCGAAGUCGUGCAAUACCUCCUUAUUCUCGGCCAAUAUCUUCAGGGCUCGCAGCAAACGAUGAAAGCCUGGACCACCCACGGCGUAGCCAUCAAAGCAGCAAUGCAACUAGGUCUUCAUUCCUCGGAGGCGUCCAAGAAUCUGCCGCAGGUUGACCAGGAAGUUCGCAAGCGCGUAUGGUUCAUUUGUGUUCUGCUCGAUCGGAAUCUGAGUAUGACCUUCGGCCGUCCCCCAGCAAUACCAGAUCAUUAUGUCAGAUUGCCUCCAGCUCGCCCUUUCUCAACUCUUCCAGACAAGGCGGAGCGUGACAGCGUCGAGUUCUUCAAUCAGACCACUACACUAAACAGCAUUAUGUGGAAAAUCAUCGAACGCCUCUACGAUGGCAACUUGGGCUGCGGUGAGGUAGUAUCUCUUGCCGAAACUGUCUCUCACGCAUUACGCAUUGACCAGGAACUCGUUGAGUGGGAGUGCUCUUUACCGUCUGACAUGACUUUGGUUUUGCCGGUUCACUUGGCUAAUGGAGUCGUGCCUUCGAGGUUCCAGACGAUUCUCACUCUGCGUCGCCAUAGCGUGCACCUGCUGAUCUACCGGCCGCUCCUGACCCGUCUGUUAUCCUGGGACGGGCACCGGGUACCGGACGCUUCUACAAGCACGCUCCUUUCCCGCGCUUCGCCAAAUGCGGCGGAAUCUACUGCAAGAUCAGCCACCGAAUGCAUCGAGAUAGUUCAUACUCUUUUGCUUUCAGGGGACAAGGCCAAGAGGACCUUGCUCGGUGCUUGGUGGUACACAUUGUAUUACACUUUCAAUGCUGCACUCACCCUACUUACAAUUUACCUCAUCUCCAACACUCCUGCGACACAGCCUUACAUAUCUGGCCGUCUCGAUCUAGCGGACAUUGAUCAGUCGAUAGAGAAGUCCAUCUCUGCAUUGGGGCAGGUCAAUCCUGGAAGCUCAAUCACUGGCAAGUGUGAGCUUUUUCUCGGUCGGCUUCUAAAAUCAGUUCGAGCAAUCAAUGAGCUCACGCAAGAGACAACUGCAGCGGGCACUUCGACGAACCAACCAGCACCUCUGCAGCUAGGGACCGGCGUGCUGGCACCGUCUGGCGUGGCUACUCCAGCUGCAACUGCCGGCGAUAUGAACUGGGAGAAUUUUCUGCUCGACCCAGGACAGCUUGAUGACUUCGUCUUCGGCAUGUGA